AUGUUCCAUAUUGGCGGGAGUGCCUGUUUUCCUUUCCCGGGGCGCAAAGAUUCGCACAACGCCCUGCCCGCAGCAACGGGAUAUGCUUCGAAACCAGCGAAUAAAAUUAUCAUCCUCGUCAAUUACAACCUGUCCAAGAGCUGGGAUAAUUACUCAGGCGAGCCUACUAUUGAGGCUGGUGCCAAAAAGAUUCACGUGAACCAAACGAACAUUUCCUUCCGAAAAUCCACCGGAUCGAUUUCCUCGAACAUUUGUAAUGGGGUGAACGGACAAUCCCGUCCAAAACAGCAGCUGAACAGGGCGUGCAACCGGCUUAGCAAGGGUUUAAAGUCUACGCCUUCCUUGCCACCUCAACAAAGACUCAACCCAUCUUCACCUGAGUUCCAGUUCGUUGAAGAGCGCUCUUGUGCCAUGGUCACAUCCCAUGCUGCAGCCAUUGGAUUCAUUCCAACGGUGACGACGACGAUCUCAGGGGGGGGUCCAAAACCACAACUGCCGCUAUCGGACACCACAAGGCAUCAGACUGGUGGAUUACGUGCGCCUCUCCAGCAGCAGCACCAGCACCAAAACACUAGGGAUCCAACUGCGGACAUGAUGACCCUUGACCAGCCAAUGAGUCGAUCAAGCAGCACCGACAACACCGCAACGGAGGGGGCUAGCCAGACUCAUAGGGCGCGAGAUACCCUCAAAUUCGAUGCUCAAUCUACGGCAGAGAGCUGUCACAUGUCUCGUACACGCCGCAUUCCUGACGGCACCAAAAUGCCAGUUCGCAAACCUCUUCCAUCUAAGCAGCGUCGUUCGAAGCAGCUGGCGGGCCUAUCUGCUGAACCUAUCGGGCAGCAGGCUACAGCGAAUCGAAUUGCUUUACUAGAUGCCAAAAAGGGUGACCUUCGACGGCGUAGGGUCAACCUAGAGACUGUUAUCUACGAGUUGACCCAGGUCAUCCAACCUGAUGUCAUUUCCUAUGAUGCGGCGGUCAAAGCCGAGGUAAAGAAGGCCGUCUUGAGUAUCGAGAAAGAGAUUGCAGAGAUCAGGUGGAAAGAACAUGAAAUUGGAUUUAAAGUCGCUCGGGCUUGGCAGCGUGCGGAUGAAUCGGAGAACUCGGUUGACAGCAGCUGGUUGUGGGCCAAACGUGUCGCCGGUUAA